AUGCGCUGGUUACCGGCCCUCCUCUCCGUCCUCGCCCUUCCCAUCGGGUCCUUCGCUGCCAAAUCAUCGUCCUCUUCCACAGAACGCUUUGAGACCUUCCACACUCAAGCUGUGGCCUCCUCGCCAUUGAAGCUUACCGAUUCCAGCUACAAGAAGCUUACGUCUGCCCCCCGCGACUAUUCCGUUGCCGUUCUCCUGACGGCUCUAGACGCCAAAUAUGGUUGUCAGCUAUGCGGCAUCUUCCAGCCUGAGUGGGAAAUUCUCGGCAAGAGCUGGGUGAAGGGCGACAAGAAGGGCGAAUCGCGCUUGAUCCUUAGCACACUUGAUUUCACCGACGGCAGGGAAAUUUUUAUGUCUCUCGGCUUACAAACAGCUCCGGUACUCCUUCUUUUCCAGCCUACAACCGGACCUCAUGCGGUUCCUAGUCCCGACCCUAUUCGAUAUGACUUCACAAGCGGCCAACCAACUGCUGAGCAGGUUCAAGACUGGCUAGCUCGCCACCUGCCCGGUAGACCUCAUCCUACUGUUUACCGGCCAGUGAAUUAUCUUCGCUGGAUCGUGUCAAUUGUCUCCACACUCGGUGUCGCAGGCGUUAUCUUCAAGAUAUGGCCAUAUAUCGCCAACCGGAAUGUGUGCGCUGGCCUCAGCCUGAUUGGUAUCCUUCUCUUUACCAGCGGCCACAUGUUCAACCAGAUCCGCAAAGUACCAUACGUGGCAGGAGAUGGCCGCGGCGGUAUCAGCUACUUUGCCGGUGGUUUCCAGAGUCAAUUUGGCCUGGAGUCACAGAUCAUCGCUUUCAUAUACGGCGUUCUGUCUUUCGCUACCAUCUCCCUUGCUAUGAAAGCCCCGAGGACAAAAGAUACGCACAUGCAACAAAUCAUGGUCAUUGCAUGGGGUAUCAUUCUGGUCGUAAUGUACAGUUUCUUAAUGUCCAUUUUCCGAGGCAAGAACGGAGGUUAUCCUUUCAAGCUUCCCCCAUUCAUGUAA